AUUAAUUUGAGGGAGAAAGCCCGAACGUCCUCGUUCUGCUGGUUUCAUUCCUGUCCCACAAACCGAGCGUCCAUGGCAACUUCUCUCUCCACCACGCCUUUGUCAAAUUCUAUACUGCCCAAGAGAAUUACGAAGCAAAGUUUAAUAUUAAAUCCCUCCAGCCUAUCAUCAAAUAAUAGUCUUAACCUUUCUCAUGCUCUUGAAUAUCGUAACCAUGUGCUUAAACUCUCACCAAGUAAAUACCAUGUUACUAUAGCCUCCGCAGUGUCCAGCUCAUCAGGGGUUCGGUCAAGUGAAGAAACAGGGAGUUCUCUGGAUACAGUGAAAGUCUUUGAUUUGAAGGGAAAUGGAAUUCCACUUUCUGACUUGUGGAAGGAUCGGAAAGCUGUUGUAGCAUUUGCUCGCCAUUUUGGGUGCGUGUUUUGCCGCAAAAGGGCUGAUUAUCUUGCCUCCAAGAAGGAUAUAAUGGACGCAUCUGGGGUGGCACUUGUACUAAUUGGACCUGGAAGCAUUGACCAGGCUAAAGCCUUCGCUGAGCAAACAAAAUUUCAAGGAGAAAUUUAUGCAGACCCCGCUCAUGCAUCCUACGAGGCCUUGGAAUUUGUUUCUGGAGCUUUAACUACAUUUACUCCCACUUCAGGCCUUAAAUUGAUACAGUUAUACAUGGAAGGUUACCGGCAAGAUUGGAAGCUCUCUUUUGAAAAGGAUACUGUUACCAGAGGAGGCUGGAAACAGGGAGGAAUCAUAGUUGCAGGUCCUGGCAAGAGUAACAUCUCAUACAUUCACAAGGACAAAGAGGCAGGGGAUGACCCAGACAUUGAAGAUAUAUUAAAAGCAUGUUGCUUGUGAAUGUUGGCAGUGAGGAUCUUCUCUUUUCUUCCUAUAUGUAAUAGAUGUAGGAUUUAUGGACACGAGUAUAAUUGUAUAAAUAAAAUGUAAGGAAAAUAAAAUAAGAACGUAUAUGUAACCAAAACCCCCCCUUAAAAAAAGUCCCUUGCCCUGAAUUUGUAACAUGUUCGAUCCCGGAAAUAAAAAAAAUCUCUUGCCCUAUCA